AUGCUCUCCCAGGGGUCAAUGCUCUCCCAGGGGUCAAUGCUCUCCCAGGGGUCAAUGCUCUCCCAGGGGUCAAUGCUCUCCCUGGGGUCAAUGCUCUCCCAGGGGUCCCCUGUUUCCAUCGACAAGUGGUUGUUAAAGAAGACACACAGCCUGCCCAUUGCUUUGUCAGCUUUAAGAGAUGCGUCCAAGACAAAUGUCCCCGAGGACUUUGACAUCGACAUGGACGACCCUGAGACGGCGAAGGCGGCUGUGGCCAUCCAGUCGCAGUUCAGGAAGUUCCAGAAGAAGAAAACCGAUAAGUCCUAG